AUGCUUGACACCGGUGGCCGGUACAUUUGUGUUGAUGUGCCACCCGAUGCAGUUGGACGGUCGGUGCUUUCCAUCCUCAACCUUCUUGAACCUGGGAUCUCCUUCCGUUUAGAGGUUCAGCCCGGCCGCGGGGUACGACACGGCGAUGUCCUCAGAGCUUACGAGGACGAUGAGCCGCCUCGAGAAGAUGUUGGUCAGAUCUCUAUUCCUGUUGCCGGCUCCUCUGCAGCUCGAUGGCUUGCGUCUAGUGUCUGUGUCUAUAUUACCACAGCCGACUCGCAGCUCACCUGCCUACAGGUGCCCCGGUCUUUUGAUGCCCACACACUGCACCAGGAGCUUUGCGGUAUCUGGGGUCCUGCUCGAUGCUCAGCGGUCGGUUUGCAUCGGGUUCCGCUCCGCCGGCCGGCCGUCGACCUCUUCUGCCUCCCGCGAGCUGGACACAGCACGGUAACUGUUGUGCUUACCGACAUUGAUGACUCUGAGGGGAAUCCCAUCGUAUGUACGUGCGACGCCAUUGGCACCCAGCCGCCCUCGUGCAGCAUUCUGACUAGGCACCCUGUAUAUGGCCGCCUUUGGGCUGCCGCCUUUGCACGGAACCCAGAAGUCUUGCACCAUUCUGUUAACGUCACCACUGGCGCUGAAGCUGGGUUCCAAGUACAGAGCUACCAGUUGGGAUUAGAUUUUGGUAGGGCGCAUGAUUUCGGCUGGAGCUUGGCUUGGGACGCCGAGCCUCCGCUCCAUGUGCUCAGUUUGGAAGCUCCUUCACGGGGACCAAACAUUGUCUCCCCAGCACGCCAUCAUGUCGCCACGCAAACCGCACCCCGCAUCUGGCCGGCAGCAGCUUCCCCUGUCUUCUCCGCCUCGCUUCCCUUGCGCACCCGUGCACACGGCUGCUCCCCAGCACCUGGUCUUCAAUUUAGUGGAACCCUGUUCCACCUGUCAUGCCCACACAUGGGCACUCAUUGCACCAUACCUUGCCGCCAAGACUUUAAGCUCUGGGCGAUUAGGAUAGGGCACUGGGUCUAUGGGGCUUGCACCGCGGAGGUUACCUGGCAACAUGUUUCUGAAGUUGCUGGGCUUACAUCCUGGGAUCUGCCUGGCAGCAGUCUACACAGUGAGGAUAGUGCAUGGACAUGGCCGGCCGACCUUGGGCCUUUUGCCGGCCACUGUGGGCACCUGCUCCUAGAUGGCCGCGACCCGAGCCUGACUACCUGUGCAUAUGAUUACGAGGGGGACCGGGAUGCCGACUCCACCGCGGCACAUUUCGAUGAAGACCUGCGAUCCUCCAGCGUUGGUCUCGGGCCGUCCCCCCUGCUGCACAUUGGGGCCUUGCUGAGUGUGCGGGGUUUACAAAGAUUGCGUCUUGGGGCUUUCCUCAUCUCUUUCGGGGUGCCUGCCUGGUCCGCCCGCAAUCGAAGACCGCCCUCUCCUCCCGACUCCGACUCGAACUCCUCAGUGAUUAUGUUGGAGUCCGACGAUGAAGCUGCCACUUGUCAAUCAUGGUGCCACGACCUUGCCUGCCGCCACACGCACUUUGCCACUUCUGUUGAGGAGCUACGGCGCCAUGUGACACAAUUCGCUCCUUUCGAUACUGCUCAGGUGAUCGUUUGGACUCCGCUUGGGGGACCUACUCUUUUCGAGGUUCCCAAACGGGUCACAACGGGGCAGCUUGCAUACCUGCUAGCCGCGGCUGGCCAUCGCGCUGCUGAACAUAGACUACACGUUGCCUUCGACUCCCAGGCAUCCAUCGUUGAGGUACUCUCCAUCCCGGCGGACGCACCGGAACCCAGUGAGCCUGUGCCCCCCAGCUCCCCUUCCUACAGCGGCGUGCUGCCACCCACACCUGACACUACCAUCGACGGCGAAGGCAUGACGAUGACGGUCAGAGCCAGUGAUGAUACUGGUGCAAGCACCGCUGUCCCGAUACAGGGUGAAAUGAGUGCCCCAAUCGAUCCCUUUGACCGCACCCUUAUUCCGGUGAUCCAGCGCCGCGUUGCUGCGCACAUGCAAGGCGUGAAUUUAGGUCCUCGACCCUCCCCUUUCAUCCCCUAUGGGUGUCCCAUCACCAUUCACGACCCAUUUGCCAGAGGUGUUAGUUGUGAAUUGCUUACGACCUGCAUUGGUACGGGUUUUAUCUUUGAGGAAAUGCUGCGUGAUUACUCGGCACGGCGAGGCUGGCAACCCUUGGUCAGUGUGCAACCGCAACCUGACGCCGCGGCGAUACAUCUCAUCCCGGCAGCAGCUGACUCUUCCCAGGUCUUCAGGUUGCGGUCAGAGGACAACGUGGGCGCAUCCGUACGCCGUACUCAACCGGUCGGGACCCUGAGCGUCCUAUUCAUCUGCGCGAUGGCGAUUGCCUACACGCCGAUAUGGGCCCUUUCGGGCCGCCGCCUCCCCAGCCGGUCAACUCCAGAGCAGCACCUAUUGGCAUGUCCUUGGUCAUUAGUCUUCUUAUGGGGCUUCGGUUUCCUCUCCUUGGAGCGGUUAUGCUGCCUCUUAUAA